AUGUCCAAAGCUAACACCCGGGCAGUCCCCUGGACUUCCCAUCUCAUCUACCUCCUCCUUACUCUCCCCACUGCCCUCAGCAUCACCCUCCUGCUCAGCGACUCUCAGCACUGGACCCUUACGGGCGACCUCUACACCUUCAUCAACCGCUACCGCACGACCGUGCAAACGGCCCUUCAGGUCCUAGCCACUCUCCUCGGCGCUAUUCAAAUAUACAGCAUCUGCCGCCUCAUCAACCACGCCACUCGCAUCUUUUUCAAACACUCCACCCACCACACGACCCUCAACGACCUCGCCCUCUGGUCCGCCCUCUCCACCCCAACUACCAACUUCACCCUUCCUCUACCCCAGAUUCUCCUCACUCUCCUCCUCGCCAACCUUUCCGCUGUCCUCUCCGCCCUCUGGACCGGCGCCCUCACCCCAACCUCCACCACAACCACCGCCAAUACCACCAUCCUCAUCCCCUCCUACGCCAACCGUUCCUUCAUCAAAGAAUAUCCCUCCCAGAUCGACACCACCGGUCCCUCCCUCCGCACCUCCCUCGGCUACUUCACCUACUCCGUCGGCGUCGGCCUCCUCACUUCCCUCGUCUCCUCCGCCUCCACCGCCUCCCCACUCACCGGUUCCCUCCGCGCCCGCUCCCACGCCAAACUCGACUCUACAGGCUACUCGUACUCCGGCCGCUCCUAUGGCGUCGGCAGUCCUGUCGGUCUCGCUGACGAAAAUGUCAUUUCGUUUUACCCAUACGCAGCCAACUACACCUACCACGAACGCGGCUAUCUCGCCCACGUCUCCUGUCUAUAUAACUCCUCCUCUCUCUUCCUCCUGGAAGAUACCUACGACACAGCCCUAUAUGUUGCCAAAGGCCCGCUACCGGACAGUAACGUCUCCUCGGGCGAGUACUCCACCUACACGGGGUGGUCGACAGACACGAUCGUAGCCCUGGGCGUAGCCAGCCAGCCAGCGGCAUACACAAAGGAGAGCUUCGUACCAAGCUGGUUCAUCGUGAACGUGGGUAUUCAGGAGAAAGUGGUGGAUGUGGUACCGCUGAACAACACCACCUCUUAUCCAGAAGAAGACACCGACAUAGACAUCGACCCCACCAACAAAACCAUCCACGUCGCCAUGCGCCAGCUCGAACUCAUCUCCAACGACCUCACCUCCUUCUACCGCUCCACGCUCGGCGACGCAUUCAACACCUCCAUCGCGGAUCACGCCACAAACACCAACACCACCGCCACCAUUUCCUCGAACUUCACCACCACCACAACAUCAAACUCCACUGACAAUGAAACAACAACCCUGACAGCCAUUCAAAACACCUAUAUCUCCCUCAUCGACGACAUUCUUGCCGCGUAUGCCUCUGCGCAGCUCAUAGUGGGGAAUUUCUCUCGCCCCGCGACGGCAACGGUUACGAUUGAUGCGUUGCGUCUGGGUUCGAGGGUGUAUAUUGUCGCGGUAUUUGUGGUUAAUGUACUUGUGGUGCUGGGGGUUGGGUUCGAGAUGGGACGGACAGGUGCGUGGAAGGCCCUGCCUGGGUUUGAUUAUUUGGAUGCGAGGAUGUUGGUGCUGGGAGGUGCGAAUGGGGGGAGAGGAAUCGCGGAGAGGGCGGCGGAUGUGGGGUGGAAGGGGUUGGAAACGGGGAAGAUUGGGGUCAGGCUUGUUGGGGUUGGUGGGGCGAGGGGGGUAGGGUGGGGGUUGGUUUAUGGGAAUCGUAGUAGGAGUAAGGGUGAUGGUGGUGGUGAGAAGGGGAGGGAAGGAAGGAGAGCGUCACAGGAGACGUUGGUGGAGGGGUGGAUUUGA